CUUCGAUUAGGUUAUGAACUUUCCCCAUAAUGUAGAUUACCUGGCAACAUCAUAGCAAAGUUGACUGACAGAGACUAUUUCGUAUUUUUGCUAAAACAGACCUAAAAAUCACACUUUGUUAUAAAUAUAGUCCUUUAAUUAUUGUUCGAAUUCUUUACAAGUCCUAGGUUUUGUGACUGCAUCUGAGCUUUCGCUCUAACUAAAUCUCGCGAUCUUUAGACGUAGUCUUCGAGAAUGGCUCGUCACCGGUUAGGCUCGCCGACUGAUUGAGCAUGUGUGGCGAUUAGCCGUUAGCAUAUAGAGAUGGCCGCUGACAAGCAAAACGAAGGAAAACUGUCCCUUACGGAUGAAAAUAAAGAAAACUCAUCGGACGGAGGAAUUGGACUGGAAAUCUUGCAAAUAAUCAAAGAGUCUCAGCAACAGCAUGGCCUCAGGCACGGAGAUUACCAGAGAUACAGGGGUUACUGCUCCCGCAGGCUUCGUCGCCUGCGUAAGACUCUUGGCUUCAAGAUGGGGAACCGACACAAGUUUGUUGGGAAGAAAAUAAAUGUGGAGAUGCUUUCUGACAGCAGAUAUCUGUUGUUGGUUUUGAUGGAAGCAGAGCGGGCGUGGAGCUACGCCAUGCAGCUGAAACAAGAGGCCAAUACAGAGCCACGUAAACGAUUCCACUUGCUCGCACGUUUGCGCAAGGCUGCGAAGCAUAGUGAGAAGCUGGAGAAGCUCUGUGAAAGCCCCCGUGUUGAUGCCAAGACCAAACUGGAGGCACAGGCCUACACUGCAUAUCUCACUGGCAUGGUGGAGUUUGAACUGCAGGAAUGGAAACGUGCUAUGGAAGCUUUCAACAAAUGCAAGACUAUCUAUGAGAAACUAGCAAGUGCUUUCACCGAGGAGCUGGCCAUUCAGUACUGCCAGCGGGUUGAAGAGAUAUCACCAAACAUCCGCUACUGCGCCUACAAUAUUGGUGACCAGAACGCCAUCAAUGACCUGAUGCAGAUGAGACUGACUGGAGGUGGAGGAGGAAUGAUGGCUGAAAAGCUGGAGACUUUGAUCACACAGGCAAGAACCAAACAGGCAGCCACUAUGAGUGAAGUGGAAUGGCGAGGGCGCACGGUGCCGGUCAAGAUUGACAAGGCCCGCAUCUUUCUUUUGGGUCUUGCGGACAACGAGGCUGCUAUAACUCAGGCUGCCAAUGAGGAGACCAAAGAGCAUCUGUAUGAGACCCUGCUGGCUGAGUGCAGGGAUACCAUCCAGGCUGUGAGAGAGGAGCUGAAGAGUGAAGCUAAACAGCGGGAGAGGAGCAAUGAGGGCGACUGUGGCAAAACCUCGAACCUGCAGUUCCUGCACAGCUACCUAACCUACAUCAAGCUGUGUACUCUGGUGAAGAGGAAUGAGUGUAUGGCUCAUGCUCUCCAGGCUAAACUGAAAGAGAUUGUGACUGACGAGAGCAAGAGGGGUCCUCGUCCACAGGACCUGAUCCGCCUCUAUGACAUCAUCCUGCAGAGUCUGGCCGAGCUCUCCACCCUGCAGGGUCUGGAGGACGACCACAUCUUCCAGAAGGAGGUGUCCCUCAAGAUUCUGGUCUACAAGGCUUACAGGUGUUUCUUCAUCGCUCAGUCUUAUGUGCUGGUGAAGAAGUGGAGUGAGGCUCUGGUUCUGUAUGAGCGAGUGCUGAAAUAUGCCAAAGAGGUUCAGUCUAAAUCCAAGAGCCUUAACAACAGUCUCAAGGAUCUUCCUGAUGUUCAGGAGUUGAUCGCCGAGGUCAAUGCAGAGAAGUAUUCACUUCAGGCGGCUGCCAUCUUAGACACUGAUGAGACCCCUGAGGUUCCAACUCAGCAGCAGGUGAAAGACAACACGCCUCUCUGCGAACACCUGGACAACUUCCGCAUCGACCCCACCCUAGUUGGAAAACAUCCCAAUCUGGUCCAGUUUCCUCCCGACUUCCAGCCGAUCCCUUGUAAGCCCCUGUUCUUUGACCUUGCUCUCAACCAUGUGGCCUUCCCACCACUGGACGACAAGGUGGAGCAGAAGGGCAAGGGCGGUCUGACCGGAUAUAUCAAGGGCAUUUUUGGAUUUGGCAGCUAAGUCAAACCCUGGUCUUUAACCCAACCAGAGAAUCACAAGGUCUAAGCUUCAACCAGGUGGACUUGAUUCAGUAGUCAAUUUUUUAUUAUUAUUAUUACUUUAAUUUGUGGUGCAACUUGAACUUUGCAGUUCUGAGGAGGAGCCGAAAGUCUUAAGCUUUAAGAAAAGAUUAGAUAAAAAAAAAUGAAAUCCCAUUAGAUCGAUAAUAAAGACCUGAGUCCUCCAGUUACCUUUAAUGACAGCAACAGGCUGCAUUGUUUCCCAGUGUUUCAGCUCCGUCACUGAUGGCACCGGAGCCGUGGAGGAGUUUCUGACUUUUCUAGUUUUACAGGUUGUCAUACCACAGCGGUAAGGUCCACAGCCAAGAGCUUCAUCUCAAUCUCAACAGUGUGUUUGGCUCCAAUCACAACACUGUUUUUUUUUGUCAUUGUUAAUUUCAUCGCCUUAAUUUCAUCCCUUCUUAGUGUUUGUGUUGCCUCUGUGUCUGUUGAAGACUGGUCUAAAUUACAAAGUGCGGUCUUUUCUGAGCUCCUGAACUGACUGACGAUCAGUGGGCGGCAGCUAAUCCCUCCAUCAGGAUGAGGAUCAUGUUCUCCACCUUAGCUAACAUCUGUCAUUCUACGGUGAAUGUGCUGUAGACCUGCUCUCUGUCUUCAGUCAUUUCAGUUCAUUUACUAACAACUAGGGAUGGCACGAUCCUCUACUCAGGAUCAGCAUUGGUCAAAACUUUAGGAUCGCUUAUUGAAAAGGAACAACUACAGCUUGUCUGAACCGAUCUGAGCACAAAUGCUGAACUAACUUUGUGCGGCAUACGGUGAACAGGGACAGUAAUGCCUCAGCAACGGCAGACCGCGGGCCAGUGGAGGAGAAAAGGUGUUUGAUUGAUAUUGGCAUCGGUAGAUACUCUAAGUUGCAGUAUUGGUAUCGGACAUGGAAAUAUAGUAUGGAGCCAUCCCUAGAAACAGGUGCUUCAAGGGGGGGGCGGGGGGGCGGCAUGGGGAGCACACUACAGCAAAGGUGGUGCAAAGUGGACCAUAGAAAAGAAGCGUCUUAUGUUGUACUCCACAUCUGUCCAGCUCUUAACUUAGAUGACAACUGGGAGACUCUGGACAGUUGGAGCAGCAUUAGCAGGAAAAGGAUAAACAAAGUCCAGGGACCAGUCUGUAAUGUCCAAAUAAUCCUGCAGAUUUUUAAGUUUUUAACAUCCCCUCACAUUUCCAUGGAUCUUCUCAUCAAUAAUCAUGUAGUAGAGUAGAACCUUAGAAAUGAACUGAUGAAUUAUUUAUUUUAAAAACGGUUUAACCUUGUAUCCAGAUGAUAUUGUUAAAUGACCUUCCAUUCUUCUCACCACCACCUGUGUCUGUGAAGGUUACGUCAUCAACGUCUCCGCGUCGUUGGUUGUUAAACAGCAACAGCACAGAUUUGAAUCCGACCUGAUCAUUUACUCCAUCUUUAAUAAUGCGGUUUAUAUCAGAUGUUUUUUUUUUUGUUCCUGAAAAGCUGGUGAAACUGACACGGACUGUUCUUCCGCCCACUCAUGCUUCCCCUUUUAAACCUAAUGAAUCUUUUUUGUGGCUUUCAUGAUGGAUGGAUGAAUGAAUGAAUACGAAGUCGCUGGAGGAGUUCCAGCUGGUCACCUCAAAACAACAUAGAGAACCUUUAAUUAUUGUAAACAACAUGAACAGUGAUGUAUGAUCAGAGUGAAUUUAGUUCUCAGCUUAAUUAUUAAAAUAUAUUUGCA